AGCAACCAGUCAAGCCCGAACCUACCCCCCAACCCACCCGUUGACGUCCGCCCACUCAAGUGUUUGACCACUUGGCACCGAACCAUGAGUUUCCGGGUUGAGAGCGUUUGGCGCAGCGGAAGCCCACACAUAACCUCCAGAGAAAAAAGUGUCCUAAACGAUUCGCAGGAGACCUUGUUGCCAAGGGGGCUGUCACUCCCUCCCUUCCCGCCAAUUGCUGAGCGCCAUCAAGGCGCCCUCCAAAUCCUUCGCCUCAAUCCAUCCGCUUGCCUGCUCCCUCCAAUCGAAGAAGCCCGCAGGCGGGGACUAUUUGCCUCUGAAAUUAACAGCGCAGGUAGAACUGUCAAAUAUUGGCGCUUAGCCUUUCGGGAAUUGUAGUCAGAAAGUGAAAUGAAAUGGUACGGGGCCAGGCCAAGAUAGGGAUAAUGAAAAACUACACACCCAGCGGCCUCCGUAACUGAGAGUCGCUCCUCCUUCCGGCUAAUACCUCUUGUCCUCCUGCUUGGGUGCCGCUGCAGUUAGAGGUGACCCGCCUGGUUGGCUGUAGGUGAGUCUAGUCGUCUGUCGCCGAAGUUGCCCAGCUGCAGCCAUGGGUGAACCUGUCAGAGUCCUAGUAACUGGAGCAGCGGGUCAAAUUGCCUACUCUCUUCUUUACAGUAUUGCUAAGGGAGAUGUCUUUGGGAAGGACCAGGCUCUUGUUCUUGUCCUGUUGGAUAUCACCCCCAUGAUGGGUGUGCUGGAUGGGGUAGUGAUGGAACUGCAAGACUGUGCUCUUCCCCUCCUUAAAGAGGUCAUUGCAACAGAUAAAGAAGAGGUUGCCUUCAAAGACCUGGAUGUAGCAAUUCUGGUUGGCUCCAUGCCAAGGAAGGAAGGCAUGGAGAGGAAGGACUUACUCAAGGCAAAUGUGAAGAUUUUCAAAUCCCAGGGACAGGCUUUGGAAAAAUAUGCCAAAAAGUCUGUUAAGGUUGUGGUUGUUGGAAAUCCAGCCAAUACCAAUUGCCUGACAGCUUCCAAGAUGGCCCCAUCAAUACCCAAGGAGAAUUUCAGCUGUUUGACCCGUCUGGAUCACAACCGAGCUAAGUCUCAGAUUGCUCUUAAACUUGGCUUGACCGCCAACGAUGUGAAGAAUGUCAUUAUCUGGGGAAACCACUCCUCAACUCAGUAUCCAGAUGUGAACCAUGCCAAGGUUAACCUCCAAGGGAAAGAAGUUGGUGUCUAUGAAGCUGUGAAGGAUGACAGCUGGCUCAAGGGAGAAUUUAUCACGACUGUUCAGCAGCGUGGUGCAGCUGUCAUUAAGGCUCGAAAAUUGUCUAGUGCGAUGUCAGCUGCCAAAGCAAUCUGCGACCAUGUCAGAGAUAUCUGGUUUGGAACUCCAGAGGGAGAAUUUGUUUCCAUGGGAGUCAUCUCUGAUGGCAAUUCCUAUGGAAUCCCUGAUGAUUUGCUCUACUCCUUCCCUGUUGUCAUCAAGAAUAAAUCCUGGAAAUUCGUGGAAGGCCUCCCUAUCAAUGAUUUCUCCCGUGAGAAGAUGGAUCUCACUGCAAAGGAAUUAUCAGAAGAAAAAGCGACCGCUUUUGAAUUUCUUACCAUCGCAUGACUAGGCAAAGAUUAUGAUAUUACAAAUCACAUAAAAACUGAAGAAAAUAAGUGUCGUCUUUAAACCCAGUACUGAAUUAUGAUAUUGUACUCGGCAAACUACAUAUGAAAAACCAUGCAUUUAGUGAUUGUGUGCUUCUUGGUACAUAUUUGUGCCUACCAUUCAUCAUGUUGUCAAAUGGUGUUAGUGAUGAUAUCUAAAUAAAAAUGACUGACUCUAA